CGCACCACUUCCGUUCUCUUUCAGCACACUCCGACCCACCUGGACAGGCAGGAGGAAGCGAGCCGGAGCGGAUAGAGAGCAUUACCGGGGCAAGAUGGCGUCUUCUGCGCGCUGGAAUCACGUGUGGGUUGGAUCCGAGACUGGCAUCCUGAAAGGGGUGAACCUGCGGCGGAGACAAGCCACCAAUUACGUGGCGGCCUCGGCGCUGCGUCGGGAUGAGGGCGUCUGCGCCAUGUGCUGGGGGGACCCCUCCGAGUCCGAGAUCCUCGUCGGCUGCCUGGAUCGGUCGGUGAAGCUGUUCAGCACCGAGAAGGGAAAGUUCACAGAGUCGCGGCAAUGUCUGGGCGGGGAGGGCUCGUUCUGCGGCCUGGCCGUGCACGACAGUUCCAUCAUCACCUGUGUGGAGUCUGGUCUCCUCAAGGUCUGGCGGGAUGCUGAAAACGUGGAAACCCAGGUGGGGGCUGGUGUGUGCUGUAUGCGCCAGAACCCGGCCCAGCCGCAGUGUGUGGGGACAGGUGGGAAGGAGAACGCUCUGAAGGUCUGGGACUUGCACCAGCCUGAGGAACCCAUCUUCCGUGCCAAAAAUGUGCGGAAUGACUGGCUCAAUCUCCGGGUGCCUGUCUGGGAGCGUGACCUGCAGUUUCUACCUGGCUCUGAGAAGAUUGUCACUUGCACUGGGCACCACCAGGUGCGGCUGUACGACCCCAGCUCCCCACAGCGGCGCCCUGUGCUGGAGGCGACCUAUGGGGAGUACCCCCUCACAGCCCUCUCCCUCACCCCUGCUGCUGACUCUGUAGUGGUAGGCAGCUCGCAUGGGGACAUGGCUGUCAUCGACCUGCGGCAAGGACGGCUGGUGAAAUGCCUGAAGGGCUUUGCUGGAAGCGUGCGCAGCGUCCAGUGUCACCCAACCCUCCCACUCGUGGCUUCCUGUGGCCUUGACCGCUUCCUGCGGGUACAUAAUAUCGAGGACAAACGCCUGGUACACAAGGUGUAUCUGAAGUCCCGGCUGAACUGCCUGCUGCUGACCAGCCGUGAGAGGUGGGAGGAUGAAGAGCCUGAACCUGCAGCCCCCCAAGCAGAUGUGAAGGAGGAAGAAGAUGAGCUGUGGGAUGGCAUGGAGACGGUGGCUACCAAAACAGUGCUCAAGCACAAUAUGGACCCCCAUGUCCGGGAGACCCAGCUAGGCAAGCGGCCCAAGAAGCAGAAGAGAACGAGCGCUGGGCCUUGAGGGGGGCAAGUGGGGAGCCUGUGCCCAAGCCAGAAAGCAUAAUGAACUCGCUCCCCACCCUGGCCAUAGGGACUACAACUUGGACAAGGGGAAGGGAAGCUUCAUGUCUCUGCUCACCAGGGGCACCAGCCUCUCCCCUGUGGCUGAAAGGGAUUGGGGUGGAGGAGGGGUGGAAAUGUGCCAGCCCUAGCUUGGGGUUGGCAGGGCCCUAACCUCUCAGAGAAUGUGCCCCAGCUGGGACAAACAUACAUGCACAGGCGGGUUGGGUUGGGGGCAGCCACAGCCCCCUAAGGGGCUGGAGGGCAGAGCUGUAUCUAUUAAGGCCCGUUCCAUGGCCCAGCUGGUGAUGGGUUGGGAGAGGAGCAGAUACUUGGGGUGAGGGAUUUGGACCUUGCCUCUGCAUCCCCAAGCUGUAAUGGCCAUCACACAGCAGUGUAAAAAGAACCUAUAACUGUGCCUUGUC